UCAAAAUUUGUUCAAUAGUGACGUCAUUUAGCCGUGAUUAAUUAAGAAGAAAGUGCGCAUAGAACCGAAUACAGUGGACAAAUAGUGUUGGUAUUUUCAUCAAAUUUUUUUCCCGUUUGAUGGUAACAAAAUUAGAAAAAAAGGAAAUUAUUUGACAUUUUUGCAAUGAUACCAUUACAGUGACAUCAUAACGCAGUCAAAUAGGAGAAAUAUCAUAGUGAUUUUGUUGAGCGUCAUCACAUCUUCUUCUAAUUAACUUUACAACGGGCGAAGGUAUAAACACUAUUCUUCACACGUUCUUUUCAGUGAACAAUUGUAGAAACAAAAAUGACACGACGUAGACAAAAUAUUGGUCGUCGUUUUGUAGAAACACAAAACAGGAUAAAUUCAAGAGCAAAUGAACAAACGAACAACAUGAAAAUCGUCUUACAACUUGUCGAGACCGUCAAGCAAGGUCACGUUCCGCUCAUUCAUCUGCUGAACAAAGACCCACGAAUAGAUUUCGAAUGGAACAACAUCGUCAAAUUGCAAGACGUCAAAAUCAAAGAAUACGAAAUCAAGAAGCAAGGCAAAUCAUCUAAAUAAUAUUAACUUACAUCGUGUUGCGUUUCAAUACAAUCCUGUGCUUGAGUAUAGUAUGCUUAAAUCGGUGAAUAUUGGCACAAUGAAUACGAUCUGUCAAUAUUGUCAUGCAUUAAAUUUCAAGUUUGAAACACCUGGCAUGUGCUGUGCAGGCGGUAAAGUUAAAUUACCGAUUUUAAAUCCACCACCAGAACCGCUGAAUUCAUUGCUCUCAGGUGAAACUCUAGAAUCAAAGCAUUUUUUGAAAAACAUUCAAACAUACAAUUAUCAUUUCAAAUGACUUCUUUUGGGGCUGAUAAAAUUGUGAGAGACAAUUACAUGCCAACAUUUAAGAUACAAGGUCAAAUUUAUCAUAGAGUUGGUUCAUUAUUGCCACUCCCUGAACAAAAUCACAAAUUUUUGCAAAUUUACUUUGUUGGAAAUACCGAGACAGAGAUUGAUUUACGAUGUGCAAUUAGUCACAAUAUUCGGCGAGGAAUAAUUAUACAAUUGCAAGAAUUCUUUCAUGAACAUAAUGAAUUGGUUCAUUUCUUUCGUACAUCUCUUGAACGAAUGAUGUCGGAUAGUCACAAAAUUGUAAUACGACCGAACAAAACGCCAGUUCUCAUGCAUGCCAGAAGAUAUAAUGCACCAUCUGUUGAUGAAGUUGCAAUAGUAAUUGUCGGUGACAAUUUUGAAAAAACGUGAUAUUGUGCUUCAUCGUCGUAACAAUCAACUUCAAAGAGUAGCUGAAACACACCGCUUUUACGAUGCAUUACAAUAUUAUUUUGGAGUGGCGAAGAAGGAUACAAUUUGAAUAUAAAAAUGGUAAAUCCAAC